AUGCUGUAUCAUUACCGCAAUGAGGGGGAAGUAGCAGUUGUGGUCGGACAGAUGGGACCUCAAGAUUGACUGUGACUCACACAGCAAGACACAAAGCGACGAGAAAGGACAUUUUUGCGGUAAUAUACGAUUGUUAAAUCGGACCUUGGGGGAAACGGUUGGCUAUGCUCGUUUUCGACCCGCAAUCAAGACCUGAGGGAUGGAACGAAAUAACUUUAAGAACUCCAAGGACAAUACAUGCAUUGAUUGCUGAAGAUCAUAAUCGAUUGUUGCCACCCCUCCUAGAAGAUAUCUCACCGCAUUAAGGAUGAUUCUCCAGACUUUCUUGGAAUCUGCCAUCUUUCCAGUUCAUUCCAGAAUCAACUAUGGAUAACUGCGCAAAAACAAGCCCUUUGUCCAGACUCUGAUUUCAAAAGGAUUGGCAGAGGCUUGACGGCUCUACUAUGGAAUAUUUUGGACCUCUCUGGUGUCAACUACCUUUAUUUCUGUUUUGUCUCUUCAAAUGUGUCUCUCUAAAUAAACCAGGAGAAACCCAAGUACAUCCACAAGUUUGAAUGGAGAUAAAAAUUUAGCAUGCAGUAAAUUGUCAUAAAUAUAUCAGGGUGUUAUUUUAUGGAUAUACAUAAUAUGUUAAGCUUUCUGUUAGGACUUGCUUGUGGGAAAAGCAUUCAUGCUAUGUUUGUGUAAAGAUAGGCCUGUUUAGUCUGAUGCAAGCUUUUUGAAAAAUGAAUUUAAGCAAUUCUUUUCAGUGAAAAAGCAAAAAGCUAAAAAACAAGGUCCACCAAGGUCGUUGCUCAGGUGCAGCUCCUAUAGCAUACUAAAAUUUGCCUGAACAUUUGCACCUGCUCCCAGGCUCUUCCAUUCCCUCAUUACUCUCAGCGCCUUCCAAUCUCUCAGGAUGAGCCAGAAGUCCGAUUUGGAAACUGAGGGCACCCAGGCACCGGUGAUUUACACAGUUGAGGAACUGGAAUGCAAGAUCUGCUACAACCGCUAUGACACACGCACCCGCAAACCCAAGGUCCUGAGCUGCCUGCACCGUGUCUGUGCCAAAUGUCUGAAGAAGAUGGUCGAUUUGGACUCUUCUCCCAGCAUCAUCAGUUGCCCCUUUUGUCGCCAUGAGACGCACGUCCCCGAUGAGGAGAUCUGGCUGCUUCAAGAUGACAGCAACAUCUUGGCCAUUCUCACUUACCAGGACCGGGCACGUAAAGGUGGGACCACACCCAGUGGCGAGGUCCUUUUGACACCCAACAGCCUAAGUGGAGGCAAUGGAGGGGAGCAGGCCCAUAGCUCCUCUGAUUGCCUCGUCAUCACCAUCAUGGAAGUCCCUGGAGAGUCUCAAUCCUCAGAUUCAAUGAGCAUGCUGAACAUGGUGCGCUUGUAUCGGCCAGCCAGCCUGGACUCGUUGCCUUGCCACCUGCCUGUGCAGAAGUGCCAGGCGUGGACGUCCCGCUCAGUUCCUCGUUUUCUGAUGGGUGUUCUCUGCUUGGUCUACUUCAGCUCAUUGCCACUUGGGAUCUACUUGCUGAUGAUCCAACAGCUCACAAUGGGAGUGAUCCUGGUCAGCCUGGUGCCCUCCACCCUGGUCCUUUGUGUAUUUUACGGCUUCUGCCAAUGUCUGUGCCAUGAGAUUAUGGAGGCUAUCACCACAUAGCACCCCAAUGGCCCUUCAGUUGAUCUCUGGACAAUGUGGACUAGCCAGACCUGUGAGGAACAAACACCAUAUAUCAGUUCAGCAAGCAGAACAAACACCAUAUGUCAGUUCAGCAAGCAGAUACCCCAUCUUCAGUUGCACCAGAUUAUACCAGCACUUACCAGUAAACUCCUUAUGAAUCACCUCACAUUGUUUGCAGGGCCUACUAUCCUUGACUUGAUUACCAAUGCAAGCUGAGGUAUUGAUUUUGGACUGCAUCAGAUUGCUGUGGUUUUGAAUUGUGUCCAGCUCACCCAAUGGGUCUUCAACAACUGUGAUAUAAAUAACACAUAACAGAGAAUUAAUACCCAGCACCCAUUAUCGUGGAAACCACAGGAUCUGUUCAAUAAUAGUAGAUGAAUUUGUUUAAUAUUUUUUGUUACCCUAUGAAUUUCUGUGGAAUAAUUUCAACCAUCGUCUCAAUGUUCUUGUUGAAGUUUCUAGUUGCCUUUGUAAGGCAUGUCAAUGGACAAGCUGUAAUGUAUAUGUAUAAAAAAGUGAAUUUGUGUUUGUCAUUGCUAUGAGAAUGGACAAAUACUUUAAAACCACCUGUUAGAUAUUCAAUAAAGAUUCUUC